AUGCUAAAAGGGCUGAAAGAGGUUAGAAAAAGAUUUAGAAGUCUGGAGGCGAGACUGGAGAGGUGGCAGACGGGAGAAGAGGACUUGGAUCCAGACGAGGAAGAAAAGAGGGGAAGAAAGGUAUGGAGAAGCGGCCAGGGAGAAAGAAGAGGAAGCAGAGGAGAAGAAAAAGACGGUCGGAUGGAGACAAGCGGAGAAGAGGCUGAAAAGGGAACAAGGAGCAAAGAAAGUCGGGGUAGAGAGGGAGCGGAGUGGAGGGACGAUGGAGACUGGUGGGGGGGAGGAAGCAGAGACAAGGAGGAGAAGAAAAGGAUGGAAGAGAGAGCGGAGAGGGUGGAAGAGGUAGAAGAAGUUAUGGGGCAGAGGAGUAUGAAUGUACAGAUAAACGGCUUGCUAGUGAAAGAGAAGAACGGUCAAGCAGAUGGAAGAGAGAGGAGCCGAGGAGAUCAGAGAAGGAGAAAGAGAGACAAGGAGAGGAGUUUAAGAAGAGCAGGAGAGAAGAGAAGCAGGAAAGAAGGAGAGACGGCGAAAAAGCAUGAGGGGAAAGAGACGAAGAGGCGGAGAGAGCAGAGGAAGACAGGAGAAAGAGGAGAGGAGGAGAGGCCCCUUGAUGAAAAACGGAAAGAGGAAAUCAAGGAGGAGAGUGGAAAAAGGAGAGCAGAGAUGAAGAGAGAGGAAUGGAAGAAGGACAAUGAAGAAAGGGCAAAAGAGAGGAGAGAGUGGGAUUAG